UUAACCAGAAUUAUUUGUCGAUGCAAGAAGAUGGCUUUUCUAAAGCACCGCAUGAACAGUGUAGGGGUGCUGGGGGCUAACGGCCUCAUGUACUGUGGCCGUGUGGUGGGCGCUGCAAACAACGGACUUCUGCUAGAGUUUCACGGCUUCCAGCGAGAACGCUUUCUAUUCCCGUUCGACAAGGUCUUCACAUCAUGGCCAACACAGGAAAGUCAUGUGGCCACAAAUUCGGACGAGCUAUACAGGAAGAUGCCAAUAGAGCUUCUGGUACCGGAGACAAAAAGUGGUCCAUGGAUCUGGGUGCCCGCUGAAAUGACUAUUGUGGAUUUUGAUACUAUUUUCUGCCAGUGGUUCGAGGCGGUUAUUGUUCAUUGGCGAAACGAAGCCAGCGGUGCUCUCUGCACGGACAUUGUUCUUGCUGAGCGCAUCCGCAGGGGUCUGACAUACGAGUGCACCAAACCAGGAGAAUUCGCCAAAGGCAGCGUGCCACUGAAUGAAGAAGUUCGGUCGAUGUCUCCGGAGAAACUGGAAGACCUGAUGAAGCGGUUGAACGAAUAUUUUCGAUCUAAGUUAAAUUCGGGUGCUGUUAUCGUGGACCUCGUGGACGGCCGAUUGGAUUACAUUUAUAGGCCUGAUCUCUGUAAUUCUUAUGCCGAUAAGGAGAUUCUGGCGCGCGUACACUUUGAGAGCACCCACUUAACACAGCGCUGGCUGACGAGCAACCUGGUGGAAAACUCUGGAAAUGUGUCACCGGACCCGCUGUUGCUUCCGGCAGAAGUGUUGCUGCAGGUCUUCGCCCAUCUGGACACUGUCACGCAGACAGCACUGGGCGCGGUCUGUGCUUCUUGGAAUUGGAUGAUGGAGUCACCAACGCUAGCUUCCACUAUUGCCAUUAAAGCUUCAAGAGAUUUCCAGACCAGCUGGGAGUAUUCCAAAAUCAACCAUUUCUUCUACGUGGCCGCUAUCUAUAAACGCCUGCGCCCAUGCACGCAACGUGUUGUAGUCGCUAACAAACAUUCGGAGAUGGGCAUCCGCGACGCGUGGAGAGUGCUGGACAUGAUCCGCUACGUUGCUGACCAUGAGUCUGCCAUCCGACUGCGAACCUUGCAUCUGAGCCGCCGGAAUUUCCAUUGGGGGAUCCACUGUGCUAAUAACUUUCUGCGCUGGGAGGAAUGCUGGCAGCAUCAGCAUGACCUAACCAAGGCUCAGCUUUAUCCAAAUUGCCUUCGCUGCUUCGUGGAAUUAUACAGCACUCUGCCGUGUGAUGCCAUCCGUCUGACAAACUGCACGGUUACCUUGAUCUGCUCUAUUUUCGAAUUGUCAGGGCGCAAGGACUUAAGACCUACCGUGUCAGUAGAAAUUUUGACGGCGCACGUUAAAUUGGGUGACGAUUUUGAGUGCACGCUGUGGAAUGCGCUGGAGACGGCGCUGUCGAUGCCGCGUGCGGAGGAACUCGUUGAGCUAUCGCAGUGGUUGGCACAAUUGGAUGACUCGCACACGGAUGCCAAAAUAGCCGUGUGCAAGACUUUGUGUGCGGCGCAAUCGUCUGAUCCGCGUCCAUCGUCGCAUUAUCGGGGGAAGAAAUGGUGCGUGGAUGGCUUGCAACAUCUGCAGUUGGAGAAGCUGUCGCGAUUAGCCCUUCACUUUCUCCUGCAAGUCCACACUCUGCCGUGUGAUGCCGUCCUCCGCACAAAUACCGACAGCGCCGCCUCCAACGCAUUCCACAAUGUGCAGCCGAAAUCCUUACUCAGUCUGAUGUGCGCCGUCGGAAUGUCCAACCGUAAAGUAGGACCUAAUUCCUCACGCUUGGCCUCUUCGGAAAUAGAGCAGUGGUUGGCGCAACUGGAUAACUCGCGCAAGGACGCAAUCGUCGUGUGCAAGACUUUAUGUGCGCAGUCAGGUGAUCCACGUCCAUCUUCGCAUUAUUGCGAGAAAAAGUGGUGCGUGGACGGCUUGCAACAUCUGCAGUUGGACAAGUUGUCACACCUGGCCUUGCAUUUUCUUCUGAAAGUCCAGUCACAAGCCGGCAGGAUGACCUAUUGA